GCGGGCUGACACCGUCUACGGCUACGAUCAUGACGACUGGCUCCACACGCCCCUCGUCGCUCCUGAGGCCAGGCUCGACCUGACCACCGAGCAGAUCGAAGAGACACUAAAAUACUUCUUGCUAUGUGCAGACAGAGUGGGCCAGAUGACGAAAACCUACAAUGACAUUGAUGCUGUCACACGUUUGUUGGAAGAGAAAGAGAGAGAUCUGGAGCUUGCUGCAAAGAUUGGCCAGUCGCUCCUUAAGAAGAACCGGACUCUCACAGAGCAGAAGGAGUAUUUGGAGGAACAAGUGGGACAAAUCACAGAGGAGGUUGCCCAGCUGCACCAUGAGCUGAACCUCAAGGAUGAGCUGCUGCAGUUUUACACCAAUGCAGCUGAAGAGAUCGAGGAUGAAUCCAGCAGUUCCCCAACGGGUAAAAAAAGCAAAGUGGAAACUGCUUCAGGAGGCUUUGUGAGCGACACGCUCCAAAAGAAACUCAAAGAGCUGGAAGAGGAGAACCUGUCACUCCGCUCAGAGGCUAACCAUCUAAAGUCAGAGACCGAAACUUAUGAAGAAAAGGAGCAGCAGCUUGUGAACGACUGUGUCAAAGAGCUCAGGUUGUCCAGUCUUCAGAUUUCUGCUAUAGCAGAGGAACUGGCCCGUAAGACUGAAGACGCAUCACGACAGCAAGAAGAGAUCACACACCUGCUCUCUCAGAUAGUAGAUCUGCAAAAGAAAGCCAAAUCUUAUGCAGUGGAAAAUGAGGAGCUCUCUCAACACCUGCUGGCAGCUAAAGAUGCCCAAAGGCAGCUCACAGCAGAGCUCCAGGAGUUAGAAGAGAAGUACUCAGAGUGCAUUGAGAUGUUGCAUGAAGCUCAGGAGGAGCUGAAGAACCUGAGAAACAGAAACUACCCUGCAGGAACCCCACGCCGAUAUCACCCGCUGGGACUGUACCCGAUGGACUCUCUGGCAGCUGAGAUUGAGGGAACGAUGAGGAAGGAGCUGAGUCUUGAUGACCCAGAGUGUGAAGAACAGAAGGUCCAUCGGAAACGUGUAUUUGAGACGGUCAAAAAUGUUAACCAGACAGUUCGUCAGCGUUCUCUGACUCCAACCAACUCCAACAUCCCGGGUUCUAACCAGUCCCUGUCAGCUCAAACGUCACCCCAAUCGAGUGGUCUCUCCACACCCCACUCCAGCAUAUUUGGAGGUGACCUUAGUGGAGAAAAUGUAGCCCUUGAUAACCGAACGCAGAGCAUCCUAAUGGAGACAGCAUCCAAUCAGCACAGCACAGAGGGCCAGGAGAAGAAGGCAAGUGGGGCAGAGGACUUGCGGCUUGCUCUGCGUCGCCUGUCUUUGCGCCGACAAAACAAUUUAAGUGAAAGGCGCUUCUUUGAAGAGGAGCGAGAGCGACGGCGGGGAGGACACCCUGGACUCCACGAUGCCCUGGGCCAGGAGAGUCUCUUAACCCCAUCCGAAAGCAUCAUGUCCCUCGGAAACCUCCACCUCUGGGCCUCGCGAGGGCCCUACCUCCCCGACAAGCUUCAGAUCGUCAAACCACUCGAAGGAUCUGCCACUCUGCACCACUGGCAGCAGUUAGCCCAGCCUCACCUGGGUGUGAUCUUGGACGCCAGGCCAGGAGUUGUGUCAAAGGGCUACAGACCUCUAGAACUAGAGCUGGAGCAGGCGUACCCAUGGGGCGGCUUUGAGGAGGAUGAACCAGGAGAGCAAUACUUCCAAAAUCUUCCCACCUCCUCAGCUUCUGCCUCACCGGCAGUGGCCCCCACCUCCAGUACAAAUGACGCCAACCUCGUACAGCCUUCAGUCACCCUGGCCCCACCUUCUCCGCCCUCACCAUCACCAUCACCACACCUCAGCAACACCGAUGCUCUGGCUGCAUACUACCCAGGUAAAUGCAUGGCUCACACCAGCUCCACUUACACCUUUACAACCUGCCGGAUCCUCCAUCCAACUGAUGAGCAGACGCGGGUUACGCCAAGGUGAGUGGCAUCAUUAAGUGUCUGUGAUCAGAGUCGACUCUUUGUUAUUAUUCGAGCCACCGAAAGUCACACAUAGUGUUCAGAUGCUACACGCACCACCAGCACCUCCCUGGGGUUGGUACGUCUUCUCCAGGAGAGAGGAAUCUCAGCAGCUGUGUAUCACCAGAGCCAGGGCCUGGAGCAGGGUCAGGGCAGCGGAGGAGUCCUAUUAAGCACCUCCAUUGCCCCCAACCGAACACCUAAUCCCGAUCCUAUGCGGCCCUCGACCCCUCCAAACUCUCCCACAAGACAGGGAGCUUCAGCUGUGCCAAGCUCCGCUGGCUUUGACUUCAAGAGUCCUUCUUAUGAGAACUUCCUGGCUUCCAAACCAGCCCGUUCCAUCCUGAAGGAGGUGACAGGGGGGAUGAGAGGCAGGCAGCGAGGGAGGGACUGUGAAAGCCAAACAGACGUUAGCGUGGCCGUCCACAAUCUGAACCUGGUAGACAAGGUGAAGCGGCUGGGUGUGGCUGGAGCCCCCGGAAGCAGAGCGAUGAGCCCUGGUCCCAUGCUAGGGCCUCUGGGUGGACUGCGUAGAUCUGGCUCCCCUUUUGGACCUGAUGGAAUGAGGAGGAACCGGAGUUAUCCAGGCAUGGUUGGAGCCAGCAUGGUCAUGAAAGCCCCAGGGCCCCAAGAGUAGUCUGGAUAGCUGCUGGCCAACAGGGUAGAUGAGUAGGAGCCCAGCAGGGCCAAGGACUGGCUGUUGAUCAGUCACCUGGACCCCAUAAAAAUAUUCACACUGUACGACAGCAACAUGGCACUACUGACCUAUUUCUAAUCACAGCUACAGUUUUACACAAACACUACACCUCUGUAGUGCUUUACAGUGGUGAUUCACGCUUGAACGAAGAGAAAAAUAACUUAAAGGGUUAGUUCAUCCACACUACACAGCAACAUCUUCUAUACUGUCUGUGCUGUACUUUUGCUUUUGUGUGCCCAGAUUUUGAGAUAUUGCUAAAAUGACCGGACAGAUUGGAGGCCCUUCUGUGUAAGCACUGAACAGUGACAUUUAAAGACUUUCAGUUAUUAAAUUAAAUUAAACGGUGAUGACGAAGCUUACAUUCUUUCUAGCUUUAACAGGUCUGAAUUAAAAUUUUUGCCAGAAUUCCUGCCGAACUGAAAACAAGUGCUCCAACGUCACCUGCAUUCAUCUUCAUUUUUAUAAAAAUUAGUAAGUGUUUUUCUUCGAGAAGCGAACUCUUUUAAUACGCUGUAAUGAUGUAAAAAUUAAGGGGAAAAGGCUAAUGCAGUUUUAGGGGGGGAAAAGUCAUUUAAUUAUGCCGUUCAGGUACGUCAUGCUUCUAAAAGCCAAGAGUGCUAAAUGUGAAUUUGAUUGGAUCUCACAGGACGGGUCUAGGAAGGAACACUUAGUCAGUUUUCUGAUAGACAGUGGGAAGGUGCUGAAUAAUACAUGCAGCUGCUUAUAUUUCGAACACCUGCUGUAGUUCUGGUUUUAAUGAUGAGACUAACUAAAAUUGAUGGAGAGGCUCACCUUCUCUCUAGCUGCAACAGGUCUGAGUUUCAAUUUUUGCCAGAAUUCCUGCAAAACUGAAAACAAACACGCCCACCUCAGCUUUAUUUUGACUUUAACUCUUAAGACGGUAACUAGUUUCUUCCAUGUCAAUGAGCAACAAAUGCUUCUUAUUAAUCUAAAGUGGAAAACUGACAAUAUGUCUGCACCGAAAUAAAAACACAUUUACUUAAAGUUUUCUUAAUCGGAAGCUAAUAAUAUACAUAAAUAUUUUGUCAUUUUCUAAUGCCCGCAGAUUGAUCAGGAAAGAAUUGAUAGCAUUUACAUGCCAUUAAGGGAGGAACCCUUAAUGGUAGCUGUUCCCACCCUGUGGUGACAUAAAGAAUUGAUGCAAGCAGCAGAAAUGGGUCUCACUUAGAAAUAAGGGGAGGAGCUUAGUUAUUCAGGCGGGACUUGGAGGACUACUACUCCACAUCAAAAGGAGGCAGUUGAGGGGGUUCAGGCAUCUGAAUAGGAUCACCUGAUGACAAGUCCUACCCGGAGGAGGCAGAGGAUGUAUGGAUGGAUGCACAAGCACCCUCUAUGAAAUGCUUUUGAGCAUCUGGAAGUCUUUCCUUGUCAUUUUUAGCAUGUUGAGUUUUGCAUGUAAGUCAAAGCACUCUUUAUAGAGCUGCUGUAAUCUUUGCUCACUCUCUAGUAUUCAGAUAUCUAAAAUUCUGGACACACAAAGCCAGUUUUAUGUAACUUAAUUUUACAUAAUUGGGUGAACUGACCCGUUAAAACAGAAUACACUGAAAGCAAGCUACUGAAAUAUCACUCGGAUUCCUGCUUUGGAGACUGACUCUGCUGGCUAGAUGUAGUACUCCCACUCUUGCCUUUUCGGAAACACGUCCACAGAAUCCCACGCACAUCCAGACUCACACAGGUGCACUCUGCUAAAUCUUCCAUGCACUGGCUGGCUAUUAGUAGUCGCUGUAGCACUGAAACAUGCCUUUCUACUUCAAUACUAGCAGAUAAAAAUUUCAUAAGUGGUUUUAAAAAGAAGUACACCGAAUUCAUAAAAUAUGUCAUCCUCUGUCUCUCUCUCCUUUCUUUUGAAGGGAUUAAGUGAGAGUCUAACAAGUCACUUUCACUAAAUCAUCAAAUAGAUUUCACGCCAGUGUUAAAGGUACUUCAGUUUCAUUUUCUAAAUGGCCGUUAGACAGUAAAGCUGAUGGUACUUCCACUGAACUGGAGAGAUCAAUACACUGAGGGAUUGCUUUAUCGUGGUUGGAAGCUUUCAGCUAUUUUUCCCUUAUUGUUUUAUGGUUUUAUCAGAGAGUGAAGCAAUACAGUGCCUCAGCCUUUUGUGUUUGUGAUUUUUCCCUUGUCAUGCCGGUCCGAAGGCGCUCACACAACCAUAGAUUGCACUUGUGUUUAUUUAUUUUUAAAAAUCCUGAUUUUAAGAUAUCUUUUUUGUAAAAAAUAGCAUUGUCUUACACACUAUAUAUAUAUAUACUGUUCACAGUCACUAUAAUGUCAUGUGUAGAUGAACCAUUAUGUGUAGUGCUUUAACCAAGAACCACACAUCGCUGUAAGUAUCUGGGUGAGCAUGUAAUCAGGGUUUUUCCAAAUAAAAAGUCAUCAAACAAUAA